AUGUUCAAUACUCGUCAUCUUCGGAUAUCAACCGCUUGCCUCCUUCUGUCGUUUUGGCUGAUAUGGAUUACUGUGCUAGCGGAGUUUCUGUUUUCUUACUCCGUCUGGCCAUUGGAGACAUGUUUGAGUUCAGCCGAGUGUUCGGCCUUCUCGUUCAUUGUUGGAGUACAAGCCGCGGUGUUAUUAAUUGGGACAGCUGGUUGGAUCUGCAGCUCACCUACGCUGACGACAGUCUUGAUAGUACCACCUCUAUGCUUCGGUGGUGCUGUCACUGGGGUAAUGGUCAGUCUUUGGAUCGUGGAUUUAAAUGAACAUGGAGAACAAUAUUUAACGACUCCGCGUUUCUAUGCUUCUUUUGCCUUUGGAUAUUAUAUCAUAUACGCCGUUAUUGUUAUUGGAAAAUACUGCCACUACCUAAAGGCUCUACAACUCAUCAGAAGCCGAAACCGUUUCAACGUUGAC